GUUUCUUAUUAGACCGACCUCUCAUUUCUUACCCGCCCCAAUGCAAGUUGAAUACCAAUAACGCAACAGCUAGUGCCCGCACCAUUCCCUCCUUCCGUCCCUUAUUCUCCCCAGUCCCUAUAAGCAUCGUUGCUUGAGUGCGAAUGGAACACACCUCUUGGGAGUCGGCUGCUGCUGCGAAGCGUGCCAGCGUACUUGGCAAGAUUCCAGAGGCAUGGAGACUGGAUGAGGGGCAGCUGGCGCAAGCUAGGGCUCAGCGCGACCUAACUGACGGAUUCAUCCAACAGUUCCUCAACGAGGAUGAGAUAUCUAUCAUAUCAAGGGACAGCGUUGAUAUUGUGGAUCAAAUCAAGCAGGGCAACCUAACUGCCCUUGAGGUUACCUCCGCGUUCUGCAAAACCGCUGCCCUUGCCCACCAGAUUAACAACUGCCUCCAUGAGAUCUUCUUUGAUGAGGCAUUAGCUCGUGCAAGAGAGCUCGAUGCCCAUUAUGCAGCAAAGGUGGAAACGAUCGGCCCUCUUCAUGGCCUCCCCAUCAGCCUGAAGGAUCAGUUUCACGUCAAGGGCGUUGAUACAACAAUGGGCUACGUUGGAUGGAUCGGUGGCAACUUGGGCGUCGACGAUCCAAGCAAGGUACACAAGGUCGAAAGUCAAAUCACGGCCGAGCUCCUCUCUCUUGGAGCUGUGCUCUUCUGCAAGACCAGUCUACCUCAAACUUUGAUGUUCGGGGAGACAAAGAACAACAUCAUCGGUCAGACACUGAACCCUCACAACCAAAACCUGUCCUGCGGUGGUUCAUCCGGCGGAGAGGGAGCCCUCCAAGCCCUGCGUGGCAGCACCCUCGGGCUUGGCACAGAUAUCGGUGGUUCGGUGCGCAUUCCAGCGGCAUUCAACGGCAUCUUUGCACUCAAACCAACACCAGAGAGGUUGUCAUAUCGUGACGUUGCAAACACCAACCCUGGUCAAAACACCUGCAGGUCAACAGUCGGCUUCCUUAGCACUUCCCUCAGCGGUUUGGAAUUGGGCUUGCGGGCCGUUCUGUCGACUUGCCCCUGGGAGAGGGACCCAGCUGUUGUCCCAAUCCCGUUUCGUCAGAACGUCUACGACGAGUGCCGGAGCCGUGCCCGCAGUAAUGGGCUUGCAUACCCUUGGCCCAAAAACAAGCCCCUGAAAUUGGGCAUCUUACGGAAUGAUGGCCAUGUACGGCCGCACCCGCCCGUUGAGAGGGGGCUUGGUGAAGUCGUAAAAGCUCUGAUAAUCGCACAACAUCAGAUAAUUCACUGGAAGCCACCGUCGCACGUCACGGCCAGGGAUAUCCAUAUGUCAUUCUUGACGGCGGACGGUGGCGCCGACAUACACAGUCACCUCCAGCGCUCCGGGGAGCCUCUGAUUCCCGAUCUGCAGGAAUUCUUCCAGCUGAAGGAGCCGAUGCCUCUCCUAGAGUACCAAGACCUCACCGUCAAAGCUCUGGAGUACGAGGCAGCAUACUCAGAUUACUGGAACAAGACCGCGGGUUGGGGCGGGCUGGUCACGGGGCAAGUUGUAGAUGCAGUGAUUAUGCCUGUAGCGCCCCACGCAGCCGUCAUCCCGGGAAAGUACUUCCACGUAGGCUACACGGAAGCAAUCAACCUGCUAAACUACAGCGCCGUGGUUAUACCCGUGACGAAGGCGGAUAAGGACGUCGAUAUUGUCAGGAACCCCUCCUACCAGCCACUGAAUGAAGUUGAUCAGCGCAACUGGGAUGCUUAUGACCCUGAAACCUACCAUGGCGCACCUGUAGGAGUGCAGAUUGUGACACGAAAGUUUGAGGAGGAAAAAGCUCUGGCUAUCGCGGACAUUGUCGUAUCGGCUCUUCAGUCCUACAGGUCUGCCAGGGAGAGGGCCAAGGAGGAGUAAAGGUCUCGAAGCUGAGGGAUUCGGGUUCCAACCACAGGCUGAUGGGUUUUGAGAUAGUGAUGGCUACCUGCUUAUCGAGGCAUGCCCAAAAUGAGUUGCAGGCAGCAGGAUAUCUGUUGGGCAUCAUGGAGCUACAAUGAAUACAAGCUGCCGGUGCAUAGGUAGGUAAUAAAGUGAGUAAUAUACAACUACGGUACCAAUCAAC